ACUUUGUUUACCUUUUCCCAGAGACCAGACACGCAUUUUUGACAAGCCGAAUGAAGAUUUUCUUCUGAAUUAAACGUUUUAAUGUUUUUUUAAGUUUCUAAGCUAUUUCUACAACAUGCCAGGUGUUAUACUUGAAAAUCUUAGCGGCAGAAAGUUAUUCGUGCUUGUAUCUAUACUUUUAAUUGGACAGUUCAUCUGUUUCUUGAUCGGUGGACUCAUUGCUCCUACUCCAUCAAGCGCAGACACAAUUUUAGCAACCAAGUGCCAUGAUGCUGGAAAUAAUUCUGAUAAAUGGUUCUACGUCCGAGGCAAAGGAAAGUGUAAUACCAUUGAAGAUUUGAAAUUGAAAUAUUCUGACACCGAAACUCAAAAACACAUGGCAAACCAUAUCGUUUUUGCCUUUCAGAUUCCAACUCCUCGUGACAAUAUGGUCUUGGAUUAUUCCCGUUGGCAACAAAACUUGAUAGGUGUCUUAAUGUUUGAAGUGGUAUACAAUCCUGAGGCUGAAAUGGAGCCUAGAACUGUUAUAUCCAUGGAUGCAAGGUUGGGUUAUCGAAAUUAUGGGGAUGCAGAAGAUGACUGGAAAUAUUAUGCCUCAUCAUUUGAAACAAGGACUCUGGACUGCUCAAUUGAAGUUAAAAAAGCAGGUCACCAUUAUAACUGCUCCAUUGUUCCAUUGUUUGAGUUGGGGUCACUUCAUCAUGACUAUUAUGUCAUCAACAUCCGGCUUCCUGUAGACAGUGAUAGAAAAUUGAACCAUGGACUUGGAUUUGUCACCGACAUGUGGCUUGUAGCCAUCAACCAGAACGGCGGUUACACAAAAGUGUGGAUGUCCAUGAAGGUAACUUUCUUCCCAAUCAUUGUUGCGAUCAUGAUUUGGUCGUGGAAUCGGAUUCAUCAAUUAUCCCGGUCACCUGUUCUCCUUGAAUACAUGCUACUGUUCCUUGGUUGUGCUUUAACUUUCUUGAAUAUGCCGCUUGAACUUUUCACAUUGCUGUUUGACUUACCAUUCAUGCUACUUUUUGGAGACAUUCGUCAAGGCAUAUUUUAUGCAGCUCUCCUUUCCUUUUGGCUUGUCUUUGCCGGGGAACAUUUAAUGAUUCAGGAUGAACAGAAAAAUCACCUUCGCAUGUACUGGAAGCAUUUGAGUGGUGUUGCCAUUGGCUGCAUUUCAUUGUUUAUCUUUGAUUUGUGCGAGCGAGGCAUUCAACUGCGAAACCCUUUCUACUCAAUCUGGGUCACUGAUCUCGGCACUCAUCUAGCUCUUACAUUCAUAAUUCUGGCAGGAAUUUCGGCUGCUCUCUACUUUUUCUUCCUGUCUUACAUGAUCUGGCAAGUUUUUACAAACAUCAGUGUGAAACGAGCAACCUUACCUAACAUGUCGAACGUCCGUCGUUUGCACUACGAAGGUAUCAUCUACCGCUUCAAGUUCCUCAUGCUGGCCACACUGCUUUGUGCGGCCAUGACUGUGAUUGGCUUCAUUCUUGACCAGAUUUCUGAAGGGAGAUGGAAGUGGGAUGAAGAUCUUUACUUGGAAUACACCUCAGCUGUUCACACGGGCGUUUAUGGAAUGUGGAAUAUCUACAUUUUUGCUUUGAUUGUACUCUACUCCCCGUCCCAUAAGCAGUGGCCCUCCGAAGCUGAUUUAGCAAGUACCACAGAGAUCGAAUUCAAUGAAAUCUCAUCCUUGACAUCAUUCUCAAGAAAAGCAGCCUUGGAUUAAGUAACUCAAUCUUGUGAUUUGGUUCCGAUUCCCCUUCGAUAGCAAUGUUUCUCAAUUUUGGCAACAACAGAGGUUAACCAGUGAAAAUUAGAUUAAGUUGUAUUUAUUAAAUGUUUGUUGACACGAUUUCUUUACAAAUUGAUCAAAAUCUUUUUUAUAUAAUUUACUCAGUUUUGUAUCAAUCAUAAAGGUUUCCCCCUUCCUUUUCAUUGUGUUUCAAACCUGGAGCUUUUUAAGAUAUUGAUCAACGUUAUCAUCAGCCAUGCACUAUUGUGUAGCUUAAAAAGAGAUCCACAAUUUUUCACUUUUAUCAAGUAAUUAUAAAAUCCAUAAUAGAGCAGAGUUCAGUUACUAUAAUAACAAAGAGUGUACUUUGGGAAUGCACUUCAUUUUUCGGUAAAAAUGUGUGGAAACAAACCAGUAUUCAGUUUGUAUUGGUCGUGACUAAUCAAACAACGUUUAAAGUUUGAAAAAUAUUGAAUGGGCCUUAUUGGCAGAGUACUGGAAGUGAAUCUCAAAAAUUUGAAUUCGAAUUUUUAAAUUGUUUUUAUUUGUAGCACUACGGUGUGCGUAAAAGUAUUUACCCGGCCGUCUCCUAGUGUUCUAGGUAUAGUCAAGAAGUCAAAAUGCAAUUUUCUUGCACUCAUGGAAAAAAAGGGAGAGAAUUCUCAUUGGCCGUUGGUAAUUUAAAUAAGCUUUGACGUUUAUUUUCUCCAUCAGUCAUUACAUUUUGAGACAAUUAUGGAAAACUUUUUAAUAUAGGACCAAAUUUAGUUGCAACAUAAUAUGUGCCAAGUUUUUUUCUUUGUUGUGUAUCAUUAGUUUAUUUUAUGAAUGAUGAAAAAAUUAUCCAAUUACAAAUAAUCAGUGAAACCCAUAAUUUUUAACUUUUAUUUUGGAGUUAAAAAAAAUGUACACAUGAAUUGACUUGCUUUGAGAAUGUUCCAAUUGUAGCAAUGGUUUUGUGAAUUCGUCCAUUAUUUCCUUUUAUCUAAUAGUUCGUAAAGUUAGACUAAAUAAUGUUUUCGACAAAAAGCUCUGAAAUGAAGAAUGUAUCAAAAUAUUUCCUAUUUUAAACUGAAUUCAACUGUGAUAAUGAAAAUACUUCAAUGCAUUUUAGUUUUAUUUUCUUUCCAUGAUUGAUGAUAGACCUUUUUGAUUCUGACCCUUGUAAUUUUAGAGUUUUUUAUAAUAUUAUCAUUAGUGGAUUUUUUUACCAUGUAUAAUUCCAUUUCUCCUGGCCAUCAAGCUCAGUAUGAAUGAAUUUUGUCAGUAUUCAACUUGCCUGUAUUUAUUUUAAAUGAUUAAGCAUUGUUCCUACUACUACAGCAUUACUGAAAUAAUGCCCUUUACUUCAACACAGAUGUUCAUAAUGAAAAGUAGAAAACGUAAACUCCCCUAAUAUCAGUAUUUUAGAUAGUAUUAAUACUUUUCUCUCUAAAAUAUUGUGCAAGCACCUCUCUUUUGCUCUGUGUAUCUUUUAGAAUGUAUACUUUAUUCUACAGCAAUGAUAUGGCUUCUGUCAGUUCACCAAAAUCCAAUUCACGCUAUUCAAUUUUUCAUCCAACUCCUCUUCCCCUCUUAUUGUAUAGAAAGUUGGAUUGUUUGAUAUUAACGCAAGCAAACAACAAUUUGAUGGAAAGUUGAAUGGGAACUUGAAUUUGAUGUCGCACACAACUUGAAAGAAAAGUUGAAACAAAAUCUUUUGAUCAAUAUUAGCCGAAGCUGUAUCUUCACGAACUGAAAGCUGACAGAUAUCCGAAUUCUCUUUGGUGAUAUCCCCUAGCAAUGGCAAUUGAAUAAAAUUUUGUUGCAUCCAACCUCUCAUCCAACCAUUCCUCCGCUUUUGUUGGAUGAAUAGUGUAAAUUUGGCUUAAAUCACUAAAACCUGACAAAGUCAAUUGUUUGAUAUUUUUUUAAAAUGUCUGAGCAUUUCCUUACAGGAUGAGAAACCUGUAUCCUAGAAGAGAUCAAAGCUUUUGAUAAGACUAAAAUUUAUUUUUUUGCGUUUGGCUGCAAAUCUUAUUUUUUAAUAGUUGAGCGAAUCGGUGAAUGGAAAUUAGGGCAACUAUAUCAAUGCAGCUGGAAAGUCUAACUGUGAAGCGCUAAUGUGGUGCUUAAGUUUCUUUGUCUCCAUAGCUUUAUGAAUGUAAAAUUUUGUAGUGGAUUCUCUUUUUUACAAAUAGCGAUCAUUAGCCUCUACUUAUUAUUUAGAUUAGAAUAUAAUUCAAAGACCAGCUUUUUAGUGAGCGUUUUUCAUGGUACUUCUAGUUUUCUUUUAUAUCUUUUUUUGUACUGAAUAUACCUUUCACUUGUGUAAACUGUUGUUAGCAUAAUUUUUCUGUAUGAAUUAUUGUACCUCCUGAGAAGGAAUUUAAAUUCUCCAAUAGAAGUUUUAUGUCAUCCGA